UGCUUGAUUGUUGAAUUUUGGCCCUUUUGCCACUCCGUACCUAUUCUGUUCGCGUUUCCUGUUGCAGCCUGUCACCGCGCAUGCCCAGUUAAUCGGUAAGGAAGAAAGGAAAAUGUCUCUUACUAGCUUUUUACCAGCCCCGACUCAGCUGUCGCAGGACCAGCUGGAGGCAGAGGAGAGGCUCCGGGCCCAAAAGUCCCUCUCCACCGCACUGGUGGCAUCCCGCAGAGAGCCGCCUCCUUACGGACACAGAAAAGGCUGGGUGCCCCGCUCGCUUGAGGAUUUUGGAGAUGGAGGCGCUUUCCCAGAAAUCCACGUGGCCCAGUUUCCGCUGGAGAUGGGCAGGAAGAAGAAAACGUCCAAUGCCCUGGCAGUACAAGUGGACGCAGAAGGAAAAAUCAAAUAUGACGCCAUCGCGAGGCAAAGCCAGGGGAAGGAGAAGGUGAUCUUCAGCAAAUACACGGACCUGCUCCCGAAGGAAGUUCUUAAAGAUGAUGCUCAGGAGCUCCAGAGACCUGAUGAGGAGGCUGUGAGAGAGCUGACAGAGAAAACCCGAUCCGCCCUGGAGAAGCAGGUUUCUCAAAAGAUUGCUGCCGCCAUGCCUGUAAGAGCUGCGGACAAGCAGGCCCCUGCACAAUACAUCAGAUAUACGCCGUCCCAGCAGGGAGUGGCUUUUAAUUCUGGAGCCAAACAGAGAGUGAUCCGUAUGGUGGAGAUGCAGAAAGACCCCAUGGAGCCUCCUCGCUUUAAAAUCAACAAGAAGAUUCCCAGAGGACCUCCGUCACCGCCGGCCCCCGUCAUGCAUUCUCCCAGCAGAAAAAUGACGGUCAAAGAGCAGCAGGAGUGGAAGAUUCCUCCGUGCAUCUCCAACUGGAAGAACGCAAAGGGCUACACCAUCCCACUAGACAAACGGCUGGCUGCUGAUGGAAGGGGUCUGCAAACAGUUCACAUUAACGAGAACUUUGCCAAGCUGGCCGAGGCUCUCUAUAUUGCAGACAGAAAGGCCAGAGAAGCGGUGGAGAUGCGAGCGCAGGUGGAGAAGAAGAUGGCUCAAAAGGAGAAGGAGAAGAAGGAGGAGAAGCUGAGGGAGCUGGCUCAGAUGGCCCGAGACCAGAGGGCCGGGAUCAAGAGCCACGGCGACAAAGGCGGUGAGGACAACGAGGCCAGGGAGCGUGACAUGAUCCGCCACGACAGGAGGAAAGACCGACAGCACGACAGGAACAUUUCCAGGGCGGCUCCUGAUAAGAGAUCGAAGCUCCAGAGAGAUCAGGACAGAGACGUCAGCGAGCUCAUCGCUCUGGGCAAGCCCAACCCUCGUACCACCAGCGAAGCUCAGUACGACCAGCGACUCUUCAACCAGAGCAAGGGUAUGGACAGCGGUUUUGCUGGCGGCGAAGAUGAGACCUACAACGUGUACGACCAGCCGUUCCGCAGCGGCAGAGACAUGGCCUCCAACAUCUACAGACCCACCAAGAACGUCGACAAAGAAGCCUACGCGGAUGACUUCGACUCUCUCAUGCAGAACAACAGAUUCGCUCCAGACAAAGAGUUCUCCGGCUCAGACCACGGGCAGAGGCGUGACGGGCCUGUGCAGUUUGAAGAGGAUCCCUUCGGUCUGGAUAAGUUUCUGGAGCAGGCCAAACAGCACGGCGGCUCCAAGAGGCCGUCCACCAGCAACCGCUCCAAGGACGACUACCACGACAAGAAACGCAGGAAGGAAUGAGAAGCCAGUCAUAGUACCCCUACGGAAUGCGAUUGUUGUCAAAAAUGAUGUGUGCUUGAUUGUAACAUUUAUGUCAGGUCAAGUGCUUUAAAGGUCCAUGAAGUCUCCCCUGCUGUGUGGACACAACAACUUUUAUUGACAUCGAAAUAUGAAUGUUACAAUCGUGCACAGGUCUUUUUGACAGUUACUUUUCUCCGUAUCUCUGAGGAAAGUCUGGAAUCAGCAUUUUGGAUGAGAGUGCAUCAGAUUGUCUUUGCCUCAAAACGUUGUACUAUAUAAGAUUUAUUUUUCUCCCUCUGGUGUCGUUAACACGACUCUUGUUAGUCUGUUGAACAGUGAUGAUUGAACAGGGCAAAUAUAAAACCAACGGAGCGAAACUUUUGGAAGUCUGUACAUUAAAGCCAGUGUUACUUCAGAUAAUUUCUGUAAAUGUUCUCUGGAAAUAUUGUCCAGAUCUCUCUCCUCUUUUUUUUUUUUUUACAUAGCUAGAACUAUUGCUGUCUUUUUUUUAGCUUUCUUCCUUUCUCUUUUUUCCCUUCGUUAUCUUGUGUUUUAUUUAAAAGUAUCUGCUUGAUCACUGCCCAGCAGGUUUCUAUCACUAUCUAGAGGAACAAGCUUUAUAAAUGCUGUACAUUGAUAGCACUGGAAUAAAAUACAUAUUGUGUUAA